GGGUACCCGCAGGAGGGGUACCCGCAGGAGGGGUACCCGCAGGAGGGGUACCCGCAGGAGGGGUACCCGCAGGAGGGGUACCCGCAGGAGGGGUACCCGCAGGAGGGGUACCCGCAGGAGGGGUACCCGCAGGAGGCGGAGUACGCAGCGGAGGGGUACCCGCAGGAGGGGUACCCGCAGGAGGGGUACGCGGGCAGCGGCGAGUACCCGCAGGAGGGGUAC